AUGUCAAGGAGACUGUUGUUUCCAGUAGCAACAAAACAUUCGCCCAUUUUUCUCAGCGGUACAGUUGGGCUCACGCGUCCUCUUCAUCUUAUCCUGUAUAUUCUAGUCUUCUGACAACCACAGGUAGUGCAUCAUGUCUGAUAUAGGCUCAGAGGAGUUCGAGGAAGAGGCCGGGCCGUAUUUGGGAGAGUACGAGGGGGACAGAAACGAGGAGGGCGAGAGGCACGGUUACGGCAAGGCCACCCUCCCCAAUGGAGACACAUACGAGGGGCAGUACGAACAUGGCAAGAGACACGGGUCCGGCACGUACAGAUUUAAGAACGGUGCACGCUACAUAGGAGAAUACAUCAAGGGUAAGAAGCAUGGCCAGGGCACCUUCAUCUAUCCGGACGGCUCCAAGUAUGAAGGCAGCUGGGUGGAUGAUCAACGGCAUGGAUAUGGCGUCUACUUCUACGUAAAUGGAGACACUUUUGAAGGGGAGUGGCAAAACCAUCAAAGACAUGGGCAAGGCACAUACACAUACAAGGAAACAGGAAGCAAGUAUGUAGGCACGUGGGUGAAUGGGAAGCCAGAUGGAGCCGGGGAGAUGGUCCAUCUGAACCAUCGCUACCAGGGGAGCUUCAUGGCUGGUCAUCCAUCUGGACCAGGAAAGUACAUCUUCGACAUCGGCUGUGAACAGCACGGAGAAUACAUCGCUGUGGAACAGGCUGCUGGAGGUGAGGAGGAGGAAGAGCCCAUGAUGGUGACCAUCCCCAAGUGGAAGGCAGGAAAGAUCACCCCCAUCACACUCAGGGCUGUUCAGGAGCCAGAGGAGCCUGCCGAGUCAGCAGAGGGGGAGACUGCACCAGAGGAAGCUGAAGGAGAGAAGCCAGCUGAACAGACUGAGGGCGCUACAGAGGAAGAGCCAGCAGCAGAGGAGGCAGCUGCAGAGGAGGGUGAUGCUGAGGCGGAAGAGCCUACUGAAGGGGAGGGGGGUGAUGAGGCCCCUGCAGAGGAGCCAGCAGCUGAGGCAGAGGAGGGUGGGGAGAACUAGGAAACAAUAACAGCUGAAUUCUUCUACUUCUAGUCUAGGGUUUCUGUAUCUUAUUUAAAAAAAUCCUGAAUAUCAUUGGCUUCUUUUUUGAUUCAACAAAAAUAAGAGUUUUGCCACAAAUUUGGCUUGUUUGGAAGAUACAAAUCCCUACCCAAUUGAUGUAAGUUCGUUCCCUGGAUUGCGACAGUGUCUCUACUCCCCUUAUUUGGCGCUAAUUUAAGUUUGGCUGUAUGUAUGUAAAAAAAAGUUUGAUUCUAUGUUGUGACAGGUUCCUCAGAGCCACCAUUUUAGUGGAUGCAAAACUAUGACUGCUGUAAAAUAUGGACCAUACAUAGGCCAGGUGAUGUUUUCUACAACACAGCUCUUAGUGGCAGUAAAUGUAUAUAUCGAAGUUUUAACCAAACCAUAAAUGCACUUCUUAUUGUUUGAAUAUAUUGAAUUCUACAUGUUUGAAACCAGAAGGUAGCAGAGAGUGAUAUUUGUCACAUUACAACAUAAUGCCUUACAAUAGAGACCAAUAAAACUGUUCCAUGCGGUCCCAGUUUUGUAUUUGUACAUGUACAUAUUCUUCUACAAAGAAAUUAAAGUACUGACUUCUA